AUGCACCUCGCCAAGCUCCUCCCCCUCCUCGCGUUCCUAGCGCUCCCAGCCUCCGCGGCCCCGGCGCCACCGCCGCCAUCCGCCACGCCCUCCCCGCCAGGCGGCCCGCCAGCCCCCCCUCCCCCGCCUCCCCCACCCACGCCGACGCCCCCGCCCCCUGGGGCCUGCGUCGGCCUCGGGGUGCAGCUCAGGCGCGACGAGCUCCGCCAGCUCGUUGACGCCGCGAUCGAUGCCCCGAUCGACGCCUCGCUGCGCCGCGACGACAGCGGCGCCGAGGCCCGCGGCCUGGCCGACCUCAUCGGCUCCAUCCCGCUCAUUGGCGGCGGUAUCGCCGGUAAGAUCCCCGCCGGCGCCAACGUCAAUGCGCUGCUCGGCCAUCGUCGCGACGACGCAGCCGUGCCCGCCGACAUUGAUGCUGCGCUCGCUGAUGACCCUGUCGAGAUCAUCCUCCGCCGCCUCCAGGCCCGCGGUCUGCUCGGCGGCCUCCUGGGCAACUUGCCGGUCGUCGGUGGCCUCGGCGGCGGCCCACUGCCCACUGGCGGCCCUGUCGGCAACCUCCCGGUCGGUAGCGGCCUGCUCGGCGGUCUGCUCCGCCGCCUCCCGGUCACCGGCGGCCCCCUUCUUGGGGCCAACGUCAGCCCUCCGCUUGGAGAGGUCACCCCUCCGCCCGGGGACGUCACGCCGCCCCCUCCCCCGCCCGACCGUCGCCAGCUGGUCGAGCUCGACAUCGAGGCCGUCCUCGCUAAUGACCCUAUCGACAUCGUACUCCGCCGCGAGCACAAGGCCGACGCUGAGGCCCGUGGCCUGCUCGGCGGCCUUCUGGAUGGCCUCCCGGUAGUUGGCCCCCUUCUGGGCGGCCUCCCGGUGGUUGGCGGUCUUGGAGGCAACCCCCCCGUCGGCGGCGGGGGCGUUGGAAAGCUCCCGGUGAGCGGCAGCCUCGUCGGCGCCAACGUCAACGCGGUGCUCGGCCUUCGUCGAGACGGUGCUUCUCCCGCCCGCCGCCAGGUCGCCGAGGCCCUACAGGCCCUCGAGGCUGCCGUCACCCAACUGUCCUCAGCCACCGGUGACACGGUGCCCGUCGGCACCCCGGCCCACCGCCGCCGCCAGCUCGAGCCGGCCGUCAACGGCCUCCUCCACGAACUCAAGCUCACGCUCGACGGCCUCCUCGGUGCCCCAGCCGGCCAUGACCCUUUGGGCUUUGGCGGUGCCACCCCGCCCCACGGCCGCCGCCAGUUUGGCGUCAUCGCCGACCUCGAGGACCCCGGCGCCCCCAUUGUUGUCGACGUCGGCCCCGAAGUCGAGGUCAUCCGGCGUCAGGUCAGCGGCCUCCCUGCCCCGCCUUGUGGCCUUUCCGGCGUCGACCCCAACGGAGCCCUCUGCGGCCCACUUGGUGCAGUCAUCGGUGAUGUGAACGCUCACCUCGCCGAUGUCGCCGAGGCCCACGGCCCACGCGCCGGCCUCCCGGGUGUUGGUGGCCUCCUCGGUAACCUCCCGAUCGUUGGCGACCUCCUUGGCGGCCUUCUUGGCAACCUCCCGACCUCUGCCCCCCUUCUUGGUGCCGACGUCUCCGCGGUAGUCGGCCUUCGUCGCGACGAUGGCGUCGAGUCUGCCCGCCGUCAGCUCGCCCAGGCGCUGCAAGGCCUUGAGGCCGAGGUUGACGUGCCCGCCCAGCUCCUAAUUGACACGCUUCCCUCCGUUGAGGGAGACGUCCUGGGCCGCCGCCAGCUCGAGACGGCACUCGACGACCUCCUCAACAGCCUUGGUCCACUGGUCGACGACCUCCUCGGCCCCCAGGGCCCGGCUGGGGCUGUCGAGAACCCCAACCGCCGCCAGCUCGCGAACGUACUCGACGACGCCCUCAAGGGCCUCGGAUACGCCGUUGACGACCUCACCGUGGGCCAGGACGCAGGUGCUACCAACCCGCCCCACCGCCGCCAGCUCGGUACGGCCCUUGACCACCUGCUCAACGACCUUGGCCAGCUCGUCGACGACCUCAGCGGCUCACUGCCCGGUGGCCCUCCCGCCGGUGGCGCCACCAACCCUCCGCACCGCCGACAGAUCAUCCCGCUGCCCCCGAUUAGUCCCCUCCCCUUCCCCCCAAUCGACACCGCUAUCCAGGCCGGUAUCGACGACACCGCCCUAGUCGCGGCCGAUGUCACUGUCGAACGCCGCCAGCUCAUCGACGUUGAUGUUUACGCCGACGUCGAUGUGAAUCUUCGCCGUCGUCAGGUCGACCUCGACAUUGACCCCGAAGUCGUUGCCGUGCUUCGCCGCCAGGCCACCGACGACAUUGACGCCGAUGUCGACGUCGAGCUUCGCCGUCGCCAGCUCGGCCUUCCUCUGCUUGGCGGCCUCGGUGGACUUCUCGGUGGCAUCGACAAGCUCCCUAUCGGUGAGCUCCCGAUCGGCAAGACCCCACCCCCCGGAAAGCCCUCGUUCCCCUCCGUGCCCCCGGUCCCCGGCAAGCUUCCCCUCGGCCCUCCUCCCCUCCCCGUCGAGCUCCCAGUUCUCGGCGACGCGGUCCAGCUUCCAGCCCCGCUCCGCCGCGACCCUCCUGCUAACCCGCCGCCCACCACUCCUGACAUCCCUGGCAUCAAGGCAGACCUUGCCGCCAAGUUUGGCAGCAUCGUUGCCGAACUCCAGGGGGACAUUACUGCCAUGAACCCAUCCCCUCCUCUGCCUCUCGGUCUCGGUCGUCGCGGUACUGCUCGCCAGCUCGUCGAUGCCGAUGUCUUCGUGGAUCUCAACCUCGACGGCAUUCCUCCUCCGGCCCGGCGUUUCAGCCGCCGCCAGCUUCUCGGCAUUGACCUCAACAUCGAUGUCGGUGCUACGUGCGGCACCCCCGAGUUCACGGCCCAGCUCUCUGCCCUCACCUCCACGCUCAACUCGAACGGCGCAGGCAACUUCGGCACACUCGUCCUCACAGCGCUUGCCCAGACUCAGCAGGGCUGCGCGUUCGUCUUCCCGCUCGUGACCGACGGCAAGACUAUCCUCGCGCCAGAGGACAGCGCCUGCACGCCAGACCUCGUGUCGCAGUUUACCGCCGACCCGUCGCUGCUUCUUCUUUACUUCUCUCCCAACCACGAGGCCCACAGCAGCGAUUUCAUCUCCUCAGGCCCCACCUUCGCCCCCGUCUUCCCUCUCGCCGCCGAGCUCGUUAGCUACUGGCGCGGCGGCAUGGACUCGCUCUGGCUCAAGCUGCUGGGCUCUGGGGCCGAGGCCGUGGUCCUCCAGGCCGACAUUGCGACUGCAACCGGCACGGCGAUGAUGAGUGGCAGGGCCAUCCUCAAGAACGCUUGGGGCCAGCCCGCCACUCUGGCUUGA